GGUGCCGUCAUGUCUCCUGAAGAUAAACGGCGGCUACUCGUUAUUUCUGCUGCUGUGUUCUUUCUCUUCCUCCUUUUACUCGUUUUGAGCUAUAUACCAGCUUACUUGUACAUACUUUUUAUAUCUGUUGUGUCUUGUGUCGUUUAUUUUCACAAAGCGGAGGAGUUGCAACUCUUCGAGAGACUAGGCCUUAAUCCCCGACGUGGUCUGAGCGUUCCGCCAGCUUUGCUGCGCUGGUUACCGGGCAGUACUUUGAGCGGAGUCACGGCCACCGGCAGAAACAAGAUUCGUAAAAGUGAUGCGCGUAAUUCCUUCGCGUCACCCAGCGAUAGACAUUUUGUGGGCUCGUAUUAUAGAAGGGACAAUACGCUCAGUGACUCAGUGUUUAGCCCUCGGGAUAUACUCAUGGGAAGUUACCUCGCCAAGGCUGGAGAAAGUCCCUCCGCAGCGGCGAGGCCCGCUGGAGGCUCCGGGACUUUAAUUCACCCCAGAGAUCAGCUCCGGGAGAGACUCGCACGACCGAAUCAUGCCGUGCACACCCCUAACAGAAGGCUGUCAUUCGGGGACCCUGUGGGUGCAGUAAACCGGUUCACCAUCACCCCCCACAGAUAUUACCCCCUUCAGCAGACUGGGACCUCUCCCAUUGGAGUAAUGCCACCUGCAAAAUGGGAUGAGUUCCGUAAGAAGAACAUCCUCACCCAACGCAAUUCCCCAACCAUUCACAGCCCGGUCACAGUGAAGAUCGCCAGGCCAGACCCCACUCAUUCAUCAUUUUUCAAUCACCUGAACUCCCCAGGGGCAGUCACAUCCCCAGGGAUUGGAGAACAGGCAGACCCCUGCUCCAGAGAGACUGUUCUGAGCGUGCUCCGAGAGAGCAGGAAGAGGGAGGUGAACGAGGAGGACAAGAAUGCUGCUUCUGGGCAGAAGAGCAAAAGGAGGCGUCAUGACAGCAGUGGAAGUUCUCAGUCUGCAUUUGAGCCACUUCUUGCAAACGGAGCUCUUUCUCAGCUCGUGCCGAAACCUGGCAAUCUGAAAAGAGGGAUGAAUUCCUCCCUUAUAGAAGAAUCUACUAUGAAGAGAUCUCGUACCUCCUCCAUCAGCUCUGUGAGUGGUGCUCCUAUUCCCAGCGGAGUGCCUGGAUCUGUCCGUAAUCCUAUUCGCAGUUCCUAUAGUUCAUCACAGUUUUACCCACAGAGAAGAGCAGCAUCCAGUCUCAGUUUGUCUCCUUUCACAAGCCCUGGAGGAUCUCGCUGCCAGACUCCGGAAAGAGCUGCUAAGAAAGCAAGGGAGGAUGAUGCUACCUCACCAAGGUCCACAUCCUUUACAAAAACUGAUAAGGUGGAAACUGACCCUGCUCCAGCUGCAGCAAAACUCACUCCAAAAUCUGAGGCACCUGUUGCAACAUCAACAUCUAACGGUGGAGGCAGCAGUGGCAAACGCAAGCGCAAAAUUCAGCUGGUCACCGCAAACAGAGGAGAUCAGAUUUCUUUUCCUCCACCUCCUGAACUUGGCUACACCAUCACAGUAAAAGAUUUGGACAUGGAGAAGAAAGCAGCUCUCAGUCAGAUACAGAAGGUUCUGGAGGACCCUGAACCAGAGAUGCCUCCUCCAGUGCCUAAACCUGCCCCAGCUCCUGCUCCCUCUCUUACCUUUUUCUCUCAUCCAGCUCCAACUUCCUCAUCUGAAACUGCACCAGCUGCAAGUGCUGCUCCCUCUCUGGUUUCUCUCUCCACACCUAUACCUGAGACAGCACCAGCCACUACUACAACCCCGACAGUAACCAUUGACCUCACGGUCACUGCACUCAGCACAGCCAGCACUGCACCCCUGAUUCGUACCUCAGCCCCCACAAUCACAACCACCCCAGCUGCCCCGGCCUCCAGCAUUUCGAACCCUUUGCUGGAGUCUUUGAAAAACAUGAGGAAUAAUCCGCUUCUCAGUGCUCCUUCUCUGCUGGGCACUACGAUGGCAGCUCCAGCAGUCUCCGUUGCCUGUUCUUCUUCACCUGCUGCUUCCACAAACCCCAGCAGUGCAGUUGUCAAAUCAGAGUCAGGCCCUACAGCUCUACAGUCCUCACUCCUUUCAGCCCUGUCCUCCAUAUCAACGCCUGUCUCUAAGCCAGCCACCUCCAUGCCCUCUGCCUUCGCUCAGAUCUUGGCUCGAUCUAUUCAACCCACCUCCAGCUCACCAUCCCUGAGUGGAGUAGGCAGUCUAUUCAGCCUGAUCAAACCUGUGGCCACACCUGCAUCUGAGCUACCUACAUCUAUAACUGCUGCACCUAGUGUAUCGGCAAACAGCAUCAGCAACCCCCUGUCAUCUGGAUUUAAGCCAAUUUUCAGUGCAGCAACUACAGCUCCAGCCUCCACGGUGGAAGUCAAACCCACACAGCCCACUUUCAAGCCUUUAUUUGGCAGUACCAUAGGAAGUGGCAUUAGUGCCUUCGGGCAAACAGCCACACCAACAACAUCAACCCCUGCAGCUCCAGCUACACAGAACAGUAGCAUGUUAUUUGGUGGACUUACAAGUUCCCAUCCAGCUACAGUGUCUGCCACUCCCUCUGCUACCCCUGCGACACAAGCUCCGGCCCCAUCUCUGUUUGGAAGCUGGAAUACAACAACCACAUGUGCUCCUGCCUCAAACACCACGUUCCAAUUUGGAGCCACGUCAACUAUGACGUCUGCCCCUGCGUUGAGUACCAGUACAACCAGCGCUAGUGGUACCACUUCUGCUUUUCAGUUUGGUACUGCAAAACCUGCGCCCACCCCACAGACACAAAGCACGUUCGCAUUUGGCCAGCAGUCCAAAAACCAGAAUUCCACCUCCAUGCCAUUUGGUGGGUUCGGGUUGACCAACAGUACCACCUCAACAUCGGAGACGCCCACAACACAAACUGCUUUUGGGAGCUCUACCUUCACAGCAUCAUCAUCCUUCCCUGGGGCCACACAACAGGUCCCUGGUGCUCCAAAACCCUUUACGUUUGGGUCCAGCAAGGGCAACACUGGUGCAGCACCAUUCAACUUUGGAGCAACCGCCAGCACAGCAGCACCUGCGUUUGGUGGAGCGCCUUCUUCCGGCUUCUCUUUUGGAAAUACCACCACCCCUUCAGCGGCUCCUGCUUUUGGGGCCUCUACACAGACUGCGGCCCCUCUCCCUGCCCCAGCUCCUGCAUUCAACUUCGGAGGGGCCUCGACAGCCGUUCAGAACCCUGCACCAAGCACUCCAGCGCCUCCUGCUUCUGGAGGGUUUCACUUUGGGGCAUCACUGUCUGGAAUGGCAUUUGGAACCCCUACACCUGCAGCUCAGACGCCAGGGUUUUCCUUUGGAGCCAACAACACUGACAACAAGCCUGCUUUUGGAACGUCAACUCCUGCUUUUGGCCAGGGAUCUGGAGGAAUGUCAAUGCCAUUUUGCAGUCCUGGAACCCCAGGGUUUGGUGCAAUGGGUGCCUCACCAUUCGGCGCUUCACCAGCCGCCUUCUCCAUCGGAACAGGCUCAAAGCCCUCCAGUCCACGCCGAUUACAAGCACGCAGGCAGCACACAAGGAAGAAGUAAUGUGACUGAUCCGAGACCUGUCCCUUCGACCUAAAUCAUCGUUGUCUGGACUCUGUUACUACUCCUUCGGCUCUCCCAUCUGCCCCAGUCGCUGCUACUGCUGUUAGUCCAAACGAAACAAGGCUUUCAGUCAGACCUGUAGGACUAAACUCAACUCUCCAACCCUCCAGACUGCCAGUGCUGGUCCAGUGUGUAGGAUCAAGGCUCAUGGAGAUUUUAGAGUACUGGGCUGCCCCGUCCCUGCUGUUGGGUGCUGCCUCUGAAACUCAUCACAUCCUUUUUAAUGGAGUUUGUAUUGGAACAGGAUGUCUUGUGUUGGGGAAAGAAGCUGAACAGGAGCUGCGUAUUAUACUUGAAGAAACGAGAAAAGCAGACUUUCAAUCCUGGACUUAAACAAAAAUUGUGGUCCAGGCCUAGUGAAAGAAAUGGAAUUGUAUUUUUUGAUUAUUGUUUUUUGGUUAGUAGACUACAAGUAAUCAGAUGCACGUUAUUUUAGAUCAAGUGGAUUGUUUAUUUUAUUCUUCUCGCAGUUACAUUUGUCGCUUUUGAUCAGUACUAGAGUUUUCUCAAGAUCCGUUCGGGUAAGCCUUCAAAAGUGAAAAUUUUACCUGUUUCAUUUAAGAAAUGAAAAUAUGUUUUUGCCGGAAUGAGUGGAUUGAGCUGCAUAAUAAACAGAAUAAUUUUUCAAUGCUUUUUCUGCAUGUUUCUUUAGGAGAAGCACCAGUUAUGGAAAUAUCCUGUCCAUUUUCUGACUUAUUAUAUUUCAUACAUUGGACUUGUCUGUUUAAAACCAAAGCUGAUGUUUCAGUGCAACAUGCUCACUUUGUAUCGUAAUCUUUGUGCUAUAGGCUGUUUUACUAUAGUCUUUUUUUUUUUUCUCAGUUUGAAGCCUCAUUUGGUAUUAAUUAUACUGAGAGUAAUUAAAAUCGGCACUUAUACAUUGAAGCAAAACCAUCUUAUAACAGUUGCAUCUGCCAUCAGUUUGUAUUUGGCUGUCAGGCUCUCCAUCUAGCUCUCCACAUUGUAGCCACAAUGGUCAAAACCCAUUUAUUUUAUCUUUCCUGCAGUUAUUUAUACUUUUCAUUGCUCUGUGUGCCUUAGUGUGUUUUGCUUCUGGUUACCUUUUAAGAAUGAUGUUGGAUUUGUACUUGGUGACAUGGAUGCCUGUUCUUUCAUAAUGAUGUGUUAGACUUCUUGUCGAAGAAUAUGAUCUCAUUACUACUUAUUUUUGAUAAAUGACUUGAGAGUUUUGGUCCAAUUUCAAACUGGCCACCUCACUAUAUAGAAGGGCAUCUUUUGAGUGAUAAUGUGCACAUAUGCUUUGAAAAUAAACUUAUAAUUGACUGGGUGAUCAACAUAAGUGCAAAAAAAAAUAAAAAAUACAAAUUCAAAAUUGCCCCCAAAAUUGUGUAAUUUUGAGGAGAAUCGAGAAUGCUGCUAUGUGCAUUGCUGAAUGUUACAAUGGUUUAAAAGUUUUAUUCACAAAUUUGGUUUAACCUAGAGGCCUAAAAUGCUAUUUGUAUUUAACAUUUUCUUUAUUUCUUUUUUUUUUUGUGACUAUUUUGCAUGUACAUUCUGUAUGAAUCCUAUGGUUUGUGCAUGCUUGUGAAGUGUUUUACAAUACCAAGAUCAAAUACUUAACCUGUAAUUGAAAUGGCUGAAUGUUACUGAAAAAUUGAGUCAAGAUGUUGACCAACGGCACCCUUAGAAUUUAAGUCUUAACAUAUUCUCAGGUCUGUUCAGUGAAGGUAGAAAAGAGCUAUGUUGUAUGAUUUAUUUGGUUAUUUUCAGUUUUCAAUGUGUUAUCCAUAAAACACUGGAUUUAAUUGGUACUACAAUGCACAAGUAAUGGAAGCACAAGUGCCAUUCAUUCUAAACAUGUUUGUUGUAUUUUUGUUUUACCCCCUAAUAUUCUUCUGACCUGGUAAACACAUUAAUGGACAUAAUUGGGGACUGCAAGUAUUUUUACUUUUUUAAUAUCAACAGUGAUGUAGCCAUCUGUCCCCAAUGCAUUACAUUCCUCAUGUGGGUCUUUACUUGUGUAUUACAAUUCUUUUUUUUUUUUUAAAGCUUCCUUGCUCUCAGAAUAAUGGGAAGGUGGCAGGGGACCAGGCUUUUUUACUAGGAAGUCCUAACAUGAAAACAAAACUUUGCGAGACAUGUAGGCUGUUGCAAAAUUGAGAUUUGUGGUUAGAUCGGUGCUGGAUUUCUCAAGUUAUGAAUGUUUGAAAGCUGUGUUGUAUGUGUUUUUGUUGUAAGUGGAUGCUCACAAUUUGUGUGUAAUGACCAUUCCCACUAACCCUCAAAAGAGUGAAUGGAGUUUUGAAUGGGGCAGCACAUGGAUUGUGUUCUGUGUCUGCUUAAAUCCUCUGAUAAUGACAUGCUGGUUUUGAAUAAAAUUUUAAAGUUGAA